AUGCUUGAAUUUAAAUGUAAAAAUCAAAAUUUAAAAGUGUUAAUCAUUCUUAUCAUUAUAACAACAUUAUUAUAUGUUGCUGUUGAAACAUGUUUAUUUGUCUCUGAUCAAUAUGUGAUAUAUAAAUAUUUAAUGGAGCAUGGUCUACCUUAUGGCCAUCUCCUUAGUAAUAGUAGAAAGAAAGAAUCAUAUGGUGAAGAUGAAAAAAAAUUGAAGUUAGUCCAAGCAAAAGCUGCUUGGAUAAAAUCUAUCAGUAAUCUUAUACGUUUAAGUUUUGGAUUAGCAACAGUCCUUAUUAUCGGAUAUAUAUCAGAUCGUUUCGGUCGUAAAAUUGCCUUAGGCAUAUUGAUUUUUGGUGAAGCAGUAUAUAUUGGCCUUAUGGGUUUUAUCAUCUAUUUAAAUUUGAAUCCAUGGACAGUUGUUUUUCCCGGUUUAUUUGAAGGAAUUUUUGGCGGUGGUCUUGUAUCAUUCACUGCUCAAAUAUCUGCAUGUUUAGCUGAUAUCACUGUACAACCGGAAGAUUCUAAUGAAAAUUCCAAUACCUCAAGUUUAAAUCAACAAUAUACAUCUAAAGAGCACAGGUGGUUAUUUUUUACGAUGUAUGAUAGUUUGGCAAGUUUAGGUCAUGCUUGUGGUAGUCUAUUUGGAGGUAUACUAGUACACCGCUUGGGAUUCGGUCUCUCUGUUACUAUAUGCAUUGGAUUAUAUACUACCUCAGUAGUUGGAUUAUCAGUUCUUCCUGAGACUAAUCCAGAUGUAUUAAGGAGAAGACGUAAUCCACAAAAUAAUGCUAUCUGUCAAUAUAGUGAAUCUAGAUAUGCUGAAGAUGGUCUACUUUACUUAGAAAUUAAAACAAGUGGAUUUAUCAUUAAAAUAAUGGGAAUAUUUAUAAAAAUGCUCAAGGCGAUUCGACAUUCUAGUCCUUUAUCGAGAAUAGUAAUGACAUUGCUUUUUUCCGUAUCUGUGACAGUUGUAGCAGAUCUGCAGUACAUCCACAUAUAUUUAAUGGGUUGUCCAUUUUUUUGGAAUGCACAGACUGUCGGAUUAUAUGCAGGUAUAUCUGAUGCUUUGUCAGCAUGUUUGUCCAUCACAUUCAUUGUGGCAAUUUACAAUUGGGAACAAACUCGUAUAUUACAAUUAUGCAGCAUGGGUGAUACAAAAGAAUAUGUUGCGGAAUAUAAUUCCAUGGAAAUUACAUCAAAAGAAAUACGAAUACUAUUUAUGAUUACAGCUGUGAUAUUCAUAGGAUUUGGAUCUAUGUUAAUCAACAGAAUAUUGAUGGGUAUUGCAUUCUUAUUCACUUUACCUACUGCUAAUUACAUUGUUUAUGGAGCAUCAGCUGUAAGAUUGGUGAAAAAUACACUUGUUGCACCAAUUCGAACUAUGAUCUCGAUAAUAACACCAAAUGAUAAACAAGGUUUCAUGCUAUCUCUUGGAACAUUUAUUUCGCUUGUGGGAUUUCUGAUCAAUCUAACAGUCUUCCCACUUAUUUAUGCCGGAACUGUACACGCUUUUCCUGGUGCUGUUUUCUUUAUGUGCGGCUUACUCAUAUCGAUUACUAUCGGUUUCGGAGUGUUGUUACCAAUACGUUUAACAAGAAUACAAAAAGAAAUGAUCUUACUAAAUUGA